UGUGCGCGCGCAGGCGAGCUUGUACAGAAGACGAGCAUUCUUGGAGUUCGGGGAUUCGAGAACGAGCAGCGCGGGCGGAGCGCGCGAGCCCGAGCGCACGGACGAGCAUUAUCUUAGCAUUGGCUCCUACCGCAUGGACCUACUGUAGUCAAGAGUCCUUUUCCACAAGCUGCUCAUCUUCGAGGACAAGAAGCCUAUAAAAUACAACUACUGGAUUUCCUCUGUUCUGAGGAACUCAUUUAAUAUUUCAUUAUUAAAAGGAAUAUGUGAAAAUUCCUGCCAACCAUUGAGAAUUUCUCCCUUUGGACAUUUUUCUUCUACUUUCUACAUAACUUUCUUCGAAGUUCCUUUUUUGGUGCCAUGUUUUGUGGCUUACAUCAAAAGAGGAGUUUGUCUUCAUGAAGAUUCCUAACAUUGGUAAUGUGAUGAAUAAAUUUGAGAUCCUUGGGGUUGUAGGUGAAGGAGCCUAUGGAGUUGUACUUAAGUGCAGACACAAGGAAACACAUGAAAUUGUGGCAAUCAAGAAGUUCAAGGAUAGUGAAGAAAAUGAAGAGGUCAAGGAAACGACUUUACGAGAGCUUAAAAUGCUUCGUACUCUCAAACAGGAAAACAUUGUGGAACUGAAGGAAGCCUUUCGUCGGCGAGGGAAAUUGUACCUGGUGUUUGAAUAUGUGGAAAAAAAUAUGCUUGAAUUGCUGGAAGAAAUGCCAAAUGGAGUACCACCUGAGAAAGUAAAAAGCUAUAUCUAUCAGCUAAUCAAAGCUAUUCACUGGUGCCAUAAGAACGAUAUUGUCCACAGAGAUAUAAAACCAGAAAAUCUCUUAAUCAGCCACAAUGAUGUUCUGAAACUGUGUGACUUUGGUUUUGCACGGAAUCUGUCAGAGGGUAAUAAUGCUAAUUACACAGAGUAUGUGGCCACCAGGUGGUAUCGAUCCCCAGAACUGUUACUUGGAGCUCCCUAUGGGAAGUCUGUGGACAUGUGGUCAGUGGGCUGUAUUCUUGGGGAGCUUAGUGAUGGACAGCCCUUAUUUCCUGGAGAAAGCGAAAUUGACCAACUUUUUACUAUCCAGAAGGUGCUAGGACCGCUUCCAUCUGAGCAAAUGAAGCUCUUCUACAGUAACCCGCGGUUCCACGGGCUCCGGUUUCCAGCUGUUAACCAUCCUCAGUCAUUGGAGAGACGAUACCUUGGAAUUUUAAAUAGUGUUUUACUUGACCUGAUGAAGAAUUUACUGAAGCUGGACCCAGCCGACAGAUACUUGACGGAACAGUGUUUGAAUCAUCCUACAUUUCAAACCCAGAGACUUUUGGAUCGGUCUCCUUCAAGGUCAGCGAAAAGGAAACCUUACCACGUGGAAAGCAGCACAUUGUCUAAUAGAAACCAAGCCAGCAAGGGUGCUGCUUUACAGUCUCACCACCGAUCUAACAGCAAGGACAUUCAGAACCUAAGUGUGGGUCUGCCCCGGGCUGAAGAAGGCCUUCCUGCCAACGAAAGCUUCCUGAAUGGGAACCUUGCUGGAGCUACUCUUAGUCCAAUGCACACCAAAACCUACCAAGCAAGCACCCAGCCUGGGUCUGCCAGCAAAGAUCUGACCAACAACAAUAUGCCACACCUUCUUAGUCCAAAAGAAGCCAAAUCCAAAACAGAGUUUGACUUUAAUAUUGACCCAAAGCCCUCAGAAGGCCCAGGCACGAAGUACCUGAAGUCCAGCACCCGAUCUCAGCAGAACCGGCAUUCAUUCAUGGAGAGCUCUCAGAGCAAAGCGGGGACCCUGCAGCCCAGUGAGAAGCAGAGUCGGCACAGCUAUAUUGACACCAUUCCCCAGUCCUCCAGGAGCCCCUCCUACCGGACCAAGGCCAAAAGCCACGGAGCAUUGAGUGACUCCAAGUCCGUGAGCAACCUUUCUGAAGCCAGGGCCCAAAUUACAGAGACCAAUACCAGUAGGUAUUUUCCAUCCAGCUGUUUGGACUUGAACUCUCCCACUAGCCCAACACCCACCAGGCACAGUGACUCAAGAACUUUACUUAGCCCUUCAGGGAGAAAUAACCGAAAUGAGGGCACGCUGGACUCACGCCGAACCACAACCAGGCAUUCAAAAACCAUGGAGGAGUUGAAGCUGCCUGAGCAUAUGGACAACAGCCACUCCCACUCGCUGUCUGCACCUCACGAAUCUUUUUCUUAUGGGCUGGGCUAUACCAGCCCCUUCUCCUCUCAGCAGCGUCCUCACAGGCAUUCCAUGUAUGUGACCCGGGACAAAGUGAGAGCCAAAGGCUUGGAUGGAAGCCUGAGUAUAGGGCAAGGGAUGGCGGCCAGAGCCAACAGCCUGCAGCUCCUAUCGCCCCAGCCUGGAGAGCAGCUUCCUCCAGAGAUGACUGUGGCAAGACCUUCUGUUAAAGAGUCCUCCAGAGAAGGCACCUCUUCAUUCCAUACCCGUCAGAAGUCUGAGGGUGGAGUAUAUCAUGACCCGCACUCUGAUGAUGGCACAGGACCCAAAGAAAACAGGCACCUGUACAAUGAUCCAGUCCCAAGGAGAGUUGGCAGCUUUUACAGAGUGCCAUCUCCAAGACCAGACAAUUCUUUCCAUGAAAAUAAUGUAUCAGCUAGAGUUUCUUCUCUGCCAUCUGAGAGCAGUUCUGGAACCAAUCAUUCAAAGAGACAGCCAGCAUUUGAUCCAUGGAAAAGUCCUGAAAAUAUUAGUCAUUCUGAUCAACUCAAGGAAAAGGAGAAACAAGGUUUUUUCAGGUCAAUGAAAAAGAAAAAGAAGAAAUCUCAAACAGUACCCAAUUCGGAUGGCCCCGAUCUUCUGACAUUACAGAAAGCGCUUCACUCUGCUAGCACUUCAAGCAGCAGGCCAAAGGAGUGGCGCCCUGAGAAACUAUCAGAUCUACAGACCCAAAGCCAGCCGUUAAAAUCACUGCGCAAGCUGUUACAUCUCUCUUCAGCCUCAAAUCACCCAGCUCCCUCAGAUCCCCGUUUCCAGCCCUUAACAGCUCAAGCAACCAAAAAUUCCUUCUCAGAAAUUCGGAUUCACCCCCUGAGCCAGGCGUCUGGUGGGAGCAGCAACAUCCGGCAGGAGCCCACACCAAAGGGCAGGCCAGCCCUCCAGCUGCCAGGUCAGAUGGAUCCUGGUUGGCACGUGUCCUCUGUGACCAGGAGUGCCACAGAGGGGCCUUCCUACUCUGAACAGCUGGGUGCCAAGAGUGGGCCAAAUGGGCACCCUUAUAACAGAACAAAUCGCUCACGAAUGCCAAAUCUGAACGAUUUAAAAGAGACAGCCUUGUAAUUUGUGCUGUGUUAGGGGGAGGGGGGACAAGGCGGUUGGGAGGGGAGGGAGUGGGGUGGGCUGGGGAGUGGGCUGGGCCUGGGUGGUAAGCCAGUAUUCUCAGCUUUAUGAAGGUGUGUGCAAUAUUGUACGUGUGGGGCCAUCUGGCUCCUCACAGCCACAAAUGCUAGUCAGGGAUCUUAGAGCCAAGGGAGUUCCUUAGGGAUCACCACUCCCCACAGGUCUUGUGUGAGAAUAGGUAGAGUGUGCCAUUGAGGAAGAAGAAAUUUUUGCCAGUUUCUCCCCCUUACAUUCCAGCUUUAGUGCAAUCUCUGUUGAACUUGGGAAAGCCGGGACAUGUCCUAGCACUGCAAGGGAUAUAAAAAUUCGUGUUGACCGAUGCCCUUACCACAUAUUUUUUUCUGCCUAGACUAAAUGUGGGGUUUAUUGUAAUCCAGAAGUACCCCUUUGAAGGGUUAGCAGAUGAACUGUAUGUCUUAAAUUGUUUUCUAAGCUUCCACAUUUGAUAGGAUUUGUAACAUUUAUUUAUAAUUAAUAUUGUACUGUUAUAAUCAUACCUUUUAUGUUAUAAUGUAAAGUUAUUUUGAGCUGUUUGGAACAUUGUGAAGCAGUGGGACAGCUACAGUAGUUUCUAUAAAAACUAAACAGUAACAUUUAUAUAUUGCAUCAGGAGUAUUUUAUUCUAUAUAUAUAUAUAAAUAUAUAUAGUAAAUAUCUGUCUGUUUUAUAAAUAUAUUCAUUUAAAGAAAGUAUCGUUAUGACACUAUCUGCCAUAUUUUUAUACAUUUGUGAUAUGAAGUGAGUAUUAUACUUCUAAUAAAGGGAGUUGAAUUGUGGCUACAUGUGACUGUAACAAUAUGAACCUUGAUCAAUUUUUCAGCCCCAGCAGUAGCCUCUAGAUGUGAUCCUUAGUAGCAGACAAAAUGCAGCAUCUCUUUCCAGACCCGUAAGGGAAAAAGGUCAGAUAGACCAUUGGGGAUCCCAGCAGGCCUCGUUUCCGCCCUCACACAGGCUCCCAUUUGUGUCCAGGGACGUCACUCGCACGUGAAGGGAGAUAGAGGCAUUGCUCUCAUGAGUCUUUUAGAGAGAAUGUGCUCUUCCACUUAGUAUUUGUGUAGAGCGUAGACCAAAGAUGUGCCUGCGAACAUUCCUUGUUGUCAGGGUGUAAGAGGCACCUGUCUGCAGAUCUUGCAAACCAGCUCUAUGCUCCUGAAUCCUGUCUGCCCUCCUGGAGGCACUUGGCUCUAGGUGGGGUGUGAGAUACGUAUGUGGUAUUUCUACUUCUAAAUGCUUUUUCUGUUACUGCUCUUUCUGAUAUACUUAAAAGGCUCCUGAAGCAAUUCCAGAUGUAGAGAAUGAAUAUAUAUAUAUAUAUCUAUAUAUAUAGAUAUAUAUAUAUAUCUCCAUAUCCGUUUUUUCCUUCCUGGAACUGUCCAUUUCUAUCAAGGUCAUCAUCAUGCACACGCCUGUAUAUAUACACCACACUCCAUCGGAACAGGACCUAUGUUUUCCCCUCAUCUGAUCACUUUCAAAUCCCAAGUAACUCCUGAGUUACUCCAAGUAUCAUCAAGGCUUUUGGCCAGCUAGUGUCACACACCCCUGUGUCUCUGGGCCAUCCUUCACAGAAAUCACCUCAAUGCCAUCAUGUAUCAGUAAUAUUAGAUAUUCGGAAAUAGUCUCUUAGCAAUAAGACUUUUAGCAGUUCCUCCCACCCCUCAAAGAGUUAGCUUCUCAGUAUUUAUCACUUGUUACAGAAUUCUGAGAGGGUCAGCCCCUGAAUGAAGUCAACUCUCACUGAAAAAUGCUGAGUUACCCUUAACCCUCCCCCAAGAUUUUGAAAAUCUUAGCUCUGAUGAUUAUGAAGAUUAUAAGGAAAAAAUGUCUUAGAUUCUUUGAAGCUUAAAUUGUGUGCAUAUUACAUUUUUAUAUAAAUACUAUAAUGUGUAUUGAUUAUAUAUAGAGGUCAUUUUAAGGUGCUUUUUAUUUAAUUUUAAUAAGUAUAAUAGGCACUAAGAUGAAACUCAACUGGGUACUAUCACUGAAACAAUCUGAUUCAAAUCAGUAGUUUUGCAUGCUCUCGAGUUCUUUUUCUAUCUCUUCUUCUAACAGUUCAAUACCGUUCGGGUAGCUCUUGAAUCUGGCUUUUCCCAGGCAGCUGCUUGGCUAUACAAGUGAGGUAGACCCUCAGCAGUUUUUUGCCUGGAUGUAGUGACUCUAAAAUGUGUAUAUUUAACUGUUCUUUUUCAUACUAAAUCUGUACCUUAUUAACCCCCUCACAAACCAGAAACUACGUUUUUUUUUUCCUCUGGAAAGACUUCUCACUGUGCUGUGCGCUUAGCAACUGCGCGGUCCCAUUGCCACACUGUGGCAUUUGAGGCUCGUUGUCACCUGGGGGCUGGUGUCCCAUGUUGUCAUCCUUGCUAACACUGGGAUCUCAGAUGUUUGCAGAACAUUUAUAUUCACGACAGUUCUUCAAAGAAGGGCUAGAAUAAUUGCCUUCUACCUGGAACAAACUAAACCUAACUGAUGAGUCAAUAUAUACUUUUUCGUACAUUCCCGGAUUUGAGCCAGAAAAUAGCUACAAUGUUUUCAACUAGUGUUUUCAAGGUAGCUCUGUUAUCUUCUUAGCUUUUGUCCCUUCUGACGUUUCAUUGAUCCUCAGUAAGCUGUAAGUAAGCCUACAAUCGGCAUUUCUAGCAUGUCAUUCUCUUCCUGCUCUUGUGGGGUGGGGUGUAAAGUUUUCUCUCAGCUCUACUGGGCCCUCUCUUAGCUUUGAUCUGUUUCUUUCCUCUCUGGGUUGAUGCAGGAGUUAUUGACCUCACAAAGACUGCCACCUGUGCAUGGUAGGAAAGACUUGACAUAAAGUCACAACAAAUUGCAUUUUCUUUAGGAAGAGGAAUGUAUGAUAUCCAUGUUCUAUUAUCUGCCCUAACCUCCUAAGAGAUACAAAGGUUAAACGAACACUUGUGAAUUACUUUGUUUUAUGAAAGUAUCGCUGAUCUCCUUUAGAAAAGCAGCUUGGCCUGUCUGUUUUUCUACUUUUGCUUCUCCACAUCCUCCUUUUUCUUCUCUGAAGGUCUAAGUGAACUUGAACUGAGCCUUGUUCAGUCUUGACUGAAGCUUAGCUUCUCUCCAGAGCCCAAGACCAGAAGAGGGAGUGCUUCAUGCCAGGGGGCUCAAGUGAGCUGUCUCUGUAGCAAGCGCCUCCCUUUUAGGGGCAAUUUUGCCCCCCGAAACACAAAUGGCAAUGUCUUUAGACAUUGGAUUGCCACUAGGGGCAUCUAGUAGUUAGAGGCCAGGGGUGCUGCUAAACAUCCUGCAAUGCAUAGGAUAGCCUCCCAACCCGAAAGUAAUCCAGCCUCAAACAUCGCUAGUGCUGAGGUUGAGAAACCCUACCCUAUACCAGUCCAGGCCUGCGCCACCACCAAGUCUGCAGCACUUGGCUCUGGCCUUGCUCUUUCCAGGGCACAGAGCUGCAGCUAUGAAUUCUUCAUCACAUUCUCUUAAAGAAUCUUCUACCACUGUUGUUGAUAUCCUAUUGUUUGUUUCCAUUGUCUUGGGCCUGCUAAAAGGUGCAUACUUUGGGAGGAAACCAGAGUUACCUUAUAUGUGUUUGAGAAUUUAAAUCCUAGGUUAGCUUCCUUAGAAAAUCUCUCAUAGAGCCAUGAGGCUUAUAUUUAGAAGCAAGCAACAGCCUGGCAGAUUGGCAUGAUUUUUACCAACUGCUCAAAGGCAUCCAUGGCUUUUAGCUGAAUCUACCGAAAGAAAAUGUCUUUUUUUUUUUUUCAUUCAAGUCAUUUAAUAGCUUUUUACAAAUAUUAGCAUAUGGCAGACAGAUUAGAAGCAAAACUCUUUAUUGGUGGUUGUGAUGUGGCUGUUAUAGAAGUAUUUGUACUGUAUGCUUUGAUUAAAUCUGUUUUAAAACAUAUUUUAAGACUCACCAUAUGCAGUUGUGUACUUUGAUUCUAAGCUCUGAGCUACACCGGUCAGUCUCUAGUUGCGCCGUAUAUUAUAAAGUAUGUCGUGGUUGUAGAGUUAGCCAGUUUAGCAUGUUCCUAAUCUGAAAAUUAGUGGACUACACUAGGAAAUGCUAUCCCAUUUUCCCUUCCCAGCACCUCUUAGUUGAUAUCAUAGUAUCCUCACUUCUUAAACUAGUUUGUAGAGUAAAUAAGGAAAAAAGCCAUUUAUUUUCUUCUAGCCAUGUAUUUAAAAUGAUUCAUAAGUGUACAACUUUUUUUCAAAGGCCAGAGGAUUACUUCUCAAGUGCAUAGAAGGCUCUGUCCACUUCUGUUCACCUUGGUCCCAGUGCUGUCAGAACUCUUUUGGCAAGAGCAGUAAGUAGCUCAUCCUCAGUCGCUGCUGGAGCUCAGCUGGAACUCAGUAAAUCUGCAUAUUCUCUCCUGCUCAGAACCUGUUUUCUGGAGAGCAUUGCUUUUAUAUCAGCAAGUUCAUUGCCUCCUGCAUUUGAGUGGGAUGUUGAACUCCUUGUGAGUACUGAAACCCACGGAUUCAUACUUCUUUGAACCCGAAAAGUAGUAUGUUACACUAAACCAAGUCAGAAAAUAGUGGACUAUUUCUUUGCCUCUUUCUUUCACCACUAAUAAAAUAAAAUCUAUAGACAGCAAAAACUUAUUUGUGGUUUAAGAAAUAACAGUCCUGGUUUCUGUGAAAAGGACUGUAGAAAAGAUAUUGCAAAUGUUGUAAACAUCCUAUCACUAACACCCAGAACCAGAAUAUCACAAGAAGGUCCUCACAGAGAUGUAAAAGGCCAGCUUAGGGCUAGGGCUAUAGCUCAGCAGUAAGCACUUGCCUAGCAUGCUUGAGACCCCUGGGUCCUACUCCUAUAUAUAUAUAUA